UCCUGGAGUGUAAAGCAUGCUGACCAGGGUGGGACUGCUUAUGGUUCUUCACCUCAUCACUUGCUCCCACUGCUCCCCCCUCUACCCAGCGCUCAGAUACCAUCCACUACCUGCCUCAGGGAAGGAGAUGAGCUUUCAGCUCAGAGGAAGCAGCCCAGUCCAGGGCCACAAUCUCCCUGUGGAAGAACAGGAGGAAGGCGUCCUGAUGGACUCUGCGGAGAAAAGGAUGCAACGCCACGCAGACGCCAUCUUUACCAAUAGCUACAGGAAAGUCUUGGCUCAGAUCUCAGCAAGGAAACUUUUACAAACUGUUAUGGGCAAGCGACUGAGCAGACGAGGAAGUGGAGAGGAAGAAGGCCGUGAAGCGCUGUCUAGACGCCAGCUGGAUAGCAUCUUGAUGGACAGCUGCUACCACAGCCAGAGGGUGUUACAGAACUUCCUGGCAGCCGCGAUGCAAAGCCAGAGGCCUAAGGGGAUCACCAGCAAACUGGAGAACAUACCUGGGAUCCUCACUAGGCUCAUAAACCUGUAAAACUGGAGAAAGUCAAGAAAAUUUCUGGUGUGCUCACACAGCAGAGGAAUUCCCAGAGAUGAAAAGUCCAUCUGUACAAUACUCAACCUGUAGCAAAGAAGGUGUGAUAUUGGAUCCCUUUCUUCCUAUCUCCUUUGGAAAUUGUAAAAUUCAUUCGUAUUGUUGACACUAGAAUUUUCUCAGAGGCCAUGUCUUGUAUGAGUUAGAGAUCCUGUGGGCGAAUCUGCAUGCAAUUUGUAUAUAAUUUAGUUAUGACAAUUGGCCAAAUAGAUGGCACAGUAUGAAUUCAAAUGCUGAAAAUGUUAAUCUUUGAGAUUCCUCUCUCAGGUCCCAUUUUUAAUCAUCACUGACUUUAAUUCCUCACCCCAGGGAUUCCAAUUUGCAAACCACUUCCUUGGGGGCAGCAGCCUACCCCACACCCACUCAUCCCAGCUGCUACAAAGAACACUGCAACAGAAUCCACAAAAAGAUUAGUACUAGGCACAUGAAAAUUAAGUGAGAUCUGAUUUUUAAUUAAAUUUGUUGAGUGAAUCUGAGUCAGAAACAAAAAUAUAGAUAUUAUAGUUUCACAGUAUAUUUUAAAGUUACAUGAGACCUUAGAAACAUCUAUGCCAAAUCCAUUUUAUUUUUAAAUGAAUUUUAUUGAUAUUUUCUGUUUUUCUAUGUCAGAAAUUUCCAGAAAUAGUCACCCCAUGAGUCCUUCCUAGUAAUGAAGGAAAAUAGCUAAAUAAAAUCACCUGGCAGAGUGAUUGUAUCUGAAAGCACAGACAACAUUCUGUAUCCAUGGUCCCCCCGCCUCUUUCUUGGAACCAAAACAAAUCCAAGAAAAAUCAGAGGCAAAAUCACUUGUCAAAGUCAUUCCAAGAGCUGGAAAUAGAAGUCAGACUUUCUAAGUCCCAACCUUGUGCUCUUUCCAGGCUGAUUUGUGGCCCUUGCAUGUAGCUGUUCUUACUAGGCAGGUUUAAAUAUCCCUGCUCCAUGUAUAGGUCAGACCCCAAACAAUUUAAUAUCUUUCAGAUUCCACCUGGAGCUAAUGAAGAAUCCUAAGUCAACAGAAGAAAUCCAUCCUUGCUCCCUGGCCAAAACUCUGUUGUUAAUCACUUGGUUCAUCCCCCUCCAUCUGAACCAUGGCCUGAAAAAUGAUGCAAGAAUAAAUUUUUUGGCCCCUGAUUAUUCUUUGUUCCAUAAAAAUGCAGAUUUCCCAACACAGAACUAGUUGAGAUGCCUGUUUCUUUGAGUCUCUGUCUCUCUGACUUUGUCUCUCUCUCUGUUUCUCUGUCUUUCUGUCUGUCUCU